GCCGGCUUUCACGUAGAUAAACAUACAGCUUUCCAAGAUCAUUUGGAAGAAAGAAUGAUCUGUAUGUAUAGUACUCCUAGUCGUACUAAGAACCAAAAAUAAAUUAUAGCACUAAUCUCUGCAUAAUAUUAGGGAUAGGGACAAACACUCACACACCUGUCACGCUUCAUCCAGAGACAUCGUAUUGUUAACAAAACCCGUGUGCGCUGGUGGUAAUCCUGUGUGCUCUUCCGCAGCCGCCGCGCUAAACCCUUCUGAAAGUCAAGCCCAAGUGCAUGUAUAAAACGACCAUAGUGCUGCUGAGGCUUAUCACUAAGCAACUACUCCACAUACUCAUCCACCAGCUUUACUAAAAGAUUAAGAGAUUGCAGUCACCACGCCUGAGUUAUUUCUCCAACCUUGCUGACGAUGGGCUCUCUCAUGGCUGGCUGGGACUCGCCAGUUCUUGGUGACGACAAGAAAGUUCACGCGCGGCGGAACCGGUCGCUGACAAAGGAGGAGGUGGAGGCGUUCUGGAAGCAGCGCCGGAGGUCAGAGGACGGUGGCGAGCUCACCUCGCCCCUCGCCUCCCCCGCCACGGAGAGUCCGUUCGGGACCUUGGAGAAGGCGGCCCGGUCGCCGGGACGUGGCGGCGCGUCGUCCCCGCGGGUCCGCGUGGACGGCUUCCUCCCCGGUGACGACGACGGCGCCGCCGCUGACAGCCCCAGCAAGAGCCGCGACUGGUGGACGCGGAGCAACUGGGCGUUCCUGAACGAGCCGCCGCAGGAGGAGCCGGCCAGCAGGGCGCAGAACUACACGCCGCAGUUCCACGUCGCCCGGAUCGCCACCGGCAACGCCUGAGCGACACGUACACAUGCCACGCAAUGCAAACCACGCCGGAGGCACCGGCCGGGACGUGUUCCGUGGCUACGUAUAACUCUGGCUACCGCGGUUUCCACCUACAAGCUUAGCUAUUACGUGUUCUUGAUGUAUAUAUGCAUAUACGGGCCGGGACCGUAUGCAUGCGCAUUAUGUAUAGCAGUCUACCAGAUCGAUGUGGCGAACGAGCGAGCGAGCGACAUCUAGUGUUUGUGAAAUCUUGCAGUAUGCUGCUUAUCGUUUGUGCAUCCUUUAUUGCACGGGAGUUUUCCCAUGUGUACUUGCAAUACACAUGCGUAUUUUGUAAGGUUGAUCAAACUCAGAAAAAAUUAACUUCGGUCAAAAUUAAACCGAACUAUUAUUUAAAACGUUA